AUGGCCAAUGAACAGAUAUCGCUGCCAUACUUGGCAGGAAUCCUACUCUUGUCGGGGCUGAUAUUACGAUACCUGUUCUUUUCUGGAACGCAGACGUCCCGACCGACAAGGUCACCAGAGGACGUGCGGAGAUCGCGAGAAACGGCAGUAGAGCGGAUACAACAGAUGUUUCCCCAGGCCGAAAGGCGGAGUAUCCUGUGGGAUCUGCAGCGUAAUGGCGGGAGUAUCCAAAACACCACGGAGCGAAUCUUGGCCGGGCGACUCGAAACUCCGCCUGUUACGUUCCAACCCCUCCCUCCGCCCGGGCAAGCCACGGCCGGAGCCAGCACCGCUUCUGCGACGAGACAAGCCGACAAGCCAUCACAACCAGACCUAAUAACGCGAUAUAACCUAAAGAGUAAGAUUACCGAAGCGAAAUUUGAGGACGAGGCCAAACCGAGAGGAUGGAGUUCCAACCGGGAUGAGCGCCAGGCGUCGUUGCAGAAGCGACGAGACGAGAUGAUCUUGGCGGCGCGGCGGAAGAUGGAAGCGAAGAUUGCGGCGGAGAAAGCUAAUCGAUAA